CAUGCGAAAUGUGCCUUUAGGAUGGAAUCUUACAAGAAGAGAAAGGAACAUUCCACGAAUGGGGCUUCAGAAAGCUUUAAGAAGCCAAAGAGUGAUUUCGAGGGUGAACUUUUGAGUCACUAUUUCCUCUCAGAGGAAUUUAAAGCAAAAUUUAUCGGUGCAUAUAGGAAUGAAGAGGAUUUUAAUGAGAAUGGAUGUGUGAUUCAUACCAAACCAUUCAAGUGCUGCUUUAUUCCUAAUUUUAUAUCAGAUGAGGAAUUUCUAAAGAGUUUAGAGCAAGAUCUUCUCAAGUUAAAAUUUUUUGAAAAAUCAAAUGAUUUAUAUAAAUUUCACCAGAGUGAUGACCUUAAGAAGUCUUCAAAGUUGAGCAUAUCUUCUUUAAGGAAUACCCUAUACAAUGACUUUAGAAGAUGGCUUCAUGAGAUCACAGGGUUUGUUGAUCUGACUGACCAAGUGGAUAUGUCCUGUGCUAAAUAUGAGCAUACUGAUGUUCUUCUGUGCCAUGAUGAUGAACUUGAAGGGAGACGAAUUGCUUACAUAUUUUACCUAGUUCCUCCUGACUGGGAGGCUGAUGAUGGUGGAAAACUGGAUCUCUUUUGCAUUGAUAAACAUGGUCAGCCAGAUCAGAUCACAAAAUCUCUGGUUCCACAGCGGAACUCACUGGUGUUUUUUGAAGUUACACCUAUUUCAUUCCAUCAGGUUUCAGAGGUGUUGUCUCUCAGUAAAACCAGGCUGUCAAUUAGUGGAUGGUUCCAUGGGAAUAUCAUUGACAGGCCCACACCAUAUCAGGAGCCACACCCAAAAUCACUCAAACCCUGCACUUUAGAGGAUGAGGCACUCGUUGAUUGGGUUAAUCCUAUGUACCUUGACACAGGUGUGGUCAAAGAUAUAAGAGCAAGGUUUAAAGAUGAAUCUGAAAUACAGUUACAAGAAUUUCUUUUGGAGAAUAAAUAUGAGGAAGUUCUGAAAGCAUUGCGUGAUGAUAAGAUAAAAUGGAAGUAUCAAGGACCAGCAAAUAAGAGACAUUUUGAGCAAGCUAACACAGAGUCAGCUCCAUCUAUUGUACAACUGCUCAACAAGCUACUUCAAUCUAAGCCAAUGUUCAAAUUACUUAGAACAAUGACUGGACUGGAAAUGGCUGAUGUACCACUCAGUGAUGAUGAGGAUGAUGAUGAUGACGACAGUGAAGAGGAGGAAAACAGUGCAGAGACCAGUAAUAACAGAGGCGAAUCUUCAAAGCGAGGCCCUUGUUGCCAUGGUAGCAUCAGACGCUGGACUCACGGUUGUUAUACUUUAGUUCACGACACUGAUCCUGAAGGCGAAGAAUUUGCUUUGGACGUCAUGUUAUACGUUGGUGGAAAAGGGUGGAAAACCGAUUAUGGUGGGUACACCACGUAUUUAACGAGCGGCGAAGAUGAGGAGCUUCUAACAGUCCAUCCUCAAGAGAAUUCUUUGGCCUUGGUUUACAGAGACAAGGAGACAGUGAGAUUUGUGAAACACGUGAAUCACUCGGUGCAAACUGACGAGGGAACGGCAAAUAGAGACAGCAAAUUCUUUGACUUCUCUUUCGUGUAUUUUGAAUGAGAUUCUUACGAAAGUUACUCAUAUGAGUCAAGACUCAAAAAUUUUAUCAGUCGUCACUUGGUGUAUUGCUCACUGGAGGCACACAGCAGCAAGAAGACAGUGACAUUUGAAGGUGCAUUUUUCGACGCAUUCAUUGCGUCUAGCCAGUCUCCUUAGAAGGCUGUUCUCUAGUCUUCAGUCAAACAUUUUGAAGAAAAACUGCGAUUGCCAAGUAAGGUUCAUGACUCACUAGAUGAGAUCGAAAUAUUGGCAGUUCUAUCCCGCUUUUUGAUUUAAUCCUUUUUUCCCUACCGCAUGUCUCAGAGAUUCUUUCGGAAAGAAUUUUUCGUUGGCAAAGACCUGUUACUCUACAGCCGUAGUAGAUCAUCUGCUGAUUCAAAAAUGAGAAGUACCUCUCCAGACUACGUGAAGUCCUUCUCCGUUCUCGGAUUGGUCAAACUUAAACUCGGGCCCUUCUAUGAAUGGUGACGUAACCCAUAGACUCAGUGACGCCCUCCUGGAUCCCAGUCUUCUCGCGGAUAACGAAGGCAUAGUUGAUGAAUUCGGCUUCAACAUCGAUGAAAGUCACAUUGGUAUAUCUGACGUCACUUUGAUGUAUAAUGCUUUGCAACAUGCAACAUGUGAACUUUGUCAGACGAAGUCCAAUGUAGUGAUUUUUUUUCCCACCGGUAGCUCCAUUAAGUCCCAAGAAAUGAAGAGGAGAAAAAAUUUUCUUGCAGAAAAUAUGUUUGCGAUGCCAACCUAUCAGAUUUAACAAUAUUACUUAAAGCAAGCAUGGACGUUGAUAGAAAUCCGACAGUGAAUUCUGUAAAAGCUAACUACGAUACAAAAAAAAAGGAAACCCCUAUGAAGUAUUCAAUGAGCAUUUUAUUUUGUUAACCAUCGAAACUUGUUCUACACUAAUUUAGCAAAACAAAUAAUUUAUGUGCGAUUUACAACCUCAUCUGUCGAGGAGAUCUUUGCUUUGAAGCUUUGUAUAAAUUAAGACCUUGCGGUUUGAUUUUAUUCAGUAGAGUUCAACUGAUUGGUGGCCCUGCAAAGGCGAGUAGUCCUCGGUUCAGUCCCACUCUAACAACAUAGUCACAAUUCUUCGUGGAUUGAAUCUGUCCCCGAAUCUGUUGAAGGUUUAACGUCAGAUUUCUCCUCUUCAUAUUCAGCAAGUUCGAUCCAGUUCAAGAUAUCUUUCUUUCUGUCCUCUCCAACGCUAAUCCAGCUGUUUGCAAUCCAUUUCGUGCCGCGCUUUACGUCGCAUCCGCCGUGAAAAGUGUAUCGAUCAAGUUGACCAAGCCAACCAGUGGAGUUGUCAACAUGAUGAUUGUACCAUAGCACAGCUUUCCCUUUCUCUGGCUUAACUACAACAUUCGCCUUUUGGCAGUUCUUGGCUAAAUUACACACGUUGCUCGCGUCGCGCAUCCAUUCCUAUAAUGCAACCACGCAGUUAGUGAAAAAAAUAAGAAAACAAACAAAGGGGUCGUCUCACGGUAUUCUGAGUCAUUUUCUUAAGUUUAUUUUGCUCGUUGUGAGCUCGCAGCUUAAAAUACCUUGAAUUCUUUAUUCCACGUAGACAUGUGUUUUUUGACAAAAGGUAACUUUUACUAAGCGAUCUGUCCGGGAAGGAAAACACGUUGUUAUAAUGGCUCAAAGGGCUGGGACAUAGUCGUGAGGACCAAUAGGGUUUUUUUAUACUUGUUGUUAUCGCAGAUGUGAUUUUUAACUCGUGGCCGGCCCCAUCUUUCUUGGACAAAACAGAACUGUUAUCCUACCUCUUUGUCGAACGUUAUGUUGUCAGCAACAGGGAAUGCAGUCUCUCCUCCAUCCUCGACGUUGUCCAAGAAAUACAGUA